GUUGGACGUGCAGUAUUUUGUCAUUACUCUCCCUGUCUCCAGUGUCCACCAGUAUGCCCAUGAGGAACCUCGCUAGGUAACAUAGUGUAUACACGUCCAUCUCUACUCAGGCCUGGUGUCCCAUGCUGACCAGCGUGGAGGAUAAACAGUUGACAUCAGUGAUAUUCCUUUGUAAAUAGUUAACAUGUUAAAUAUUAUUAAAGGAAAACUGCUAUUUUCGGUGGUGUUAAUAUGGGGUAUGGCGUGUGGAGUAUUUGCCUACCCGGACGGAGCUCCUGAGAGAGCGUGUUACAGGAUGAUACCCAGGCAUACCCAUCCGUUCACAGGGCGAGCUAUACGGGCUCAGCCCUCUACCGUCAAAGCACCAUAUAAUAUAACGUUAAGUCGGAGCCUGUGGAAUCCGGAUGUUCCUAUUACGGUAACCAUUCAUGGCGGUGCCCCAUUCAAGGGGUUUAUGUUAAUGGCCGCCGAAGACUCCCUCAUGGAUAUGCCGACGGGGAAAUUUUUCGCUAACGGAGCUACUGACGUGAAGACAAUGUUUUGUUCCUUUCCUAAUGACGCUGCCACACAUACAGAUAGCAAAUGGAAGUCGCAUAUAACAGUGGACUGGUACGCCCCGGCUUUUACAUCAGCCGAUCACAUGCAAUUUAUAGCUACAGUCGUCACAAACAGAAGUACGGUGUGGACAAACAUCAAAUCUGUGUUCCUCCAAGCUGACCCUGCUGUUAGUGAAAGACCAGAAUUUGGAGAGGCAGCAGAAGGGGGCAUGAUGCCUGGUGGGUUUGGAGGUGCUGGAGGUGCCGGCGGGGUAGACCAGUGGGGUUAUCCGAUCUCAACGACUCCAGGUUACGGUAUUUGGGGAAGAGGAACGGGAGGAUUCGACGGGGGAGUUACUUAUGGUUACACUACCGUGGCGCCUGAUACUCCAGCUAGGUCGGAGGCGGCGGCGUCCAGACGCGAAAUGGGGUCAAGAGCAGGCUCCUCUCGGAGUAGAGCCGGAGGUAGUCGACAAAAUGCACGAAGCAGAUCCGAAUCCACUACGCAAGCGCCAAGUCAAGGAGAACGGUGGGGUGAGGGACGAAGUAGAAAUAACGGCUGGGGAGAAAUGGGGGGUUCUAGAGGUGGAGAAGGGGGUCGCGGCAGAGGGUCAGGCGCGGAUGGUAGAAGGGGGUCGGGAGCAGGAGGAUGGGGAGAGGGAAGAAGAAGUGGGGGUGGUGGUGGUGGAGGAAGAGGAGGACGAGGAGGUAGAGGUAGAGGUAGAGGUAGCGGAGGACAGUGGGGAGCUGGAGAAGGAAUGGGAGGAGGAGGAGGAGCAGGAGGAGGAGCAGGAGAAGGAGGAGCAGGAGGAGGAGCAGGAGCAGGAGCAGGAGGAGCAGGAGCAGGAGCAGGAUGGGGUGGGGAUGCUGGAUGGGGAGCCGGAGGUGGUGCUGGAGGUUUUGGAGGAGGAGAAGGAGCUAUGAACAGGCGAUUUCAACAAAUGUUUAUGCAAUGGCUAAUGGGUGGGGGACAAAAUAGUGGUGGCGGAGGCGCCGGCGGUGGACUCGGUGGUGGAGGAAAUGCAGGAGGAAUGAACGGGUUCAGCAAUAUGUUCUGGAAAAAAUAAACAUAUGAUAGUCAGUAAAAGAGUUGAUAUUUAGAUAUUUUUACGAUAUUUCAACCAAAAAGCAAACAGUUUAAAUAUCGUAGAGUAAAACAUGCACAUGAAUGGGUAUAUUUAUGUAGUGACUGUGUACAGUGUUCGUGUGUGAGUGUGUAUCUGAGAGCUGCGCAUGCGUGUUGACAUAGGAUAAUAUGUGAGAUAUGUUAAAUCUGAAUGAUAUGAGGAAAGACAUGUGAAGAAGGGUGUGAAUAGUCUUUCUUACAUGACAAUCAGUUAGGAAUUUGUGUCUGAGGUUUCGGUGACUUCAUAUAUUUUUAUCAGAAGAAGGAUCUGUAAAUCAUAUAUUUAACGUUCACAGGACAGGAAUCUAAUGUAGCAGUAAAACCAGAUGUACUUUAAACAUGCGUACACUCAGGUUCACAUUGUAACAUCGUACGUGAUAACAUUCAAAUCAAUAAGUCAGUUGGGGUUUAUGUUAAGCAUCGGUACACUAUAAAAAGCGACGAAACUGUAGUAUAAAACAUGGUCGGUGAGGUUACAUUUCAAAUGGCAUUGGGUGUUAACAGUGAUGCUCAUGGGAAACCUAUUCGGCGUCGCCUUGUGGAUUACCUGGUGAUAGAUGUACAGAUGUACAAGAUUCAAUUGGCCACCAUCUUGAUUCGCCUGUGUGCUCUUUUACAUUCACUCCAAAAUGGUCCUUAUCGUGGACAUAACAAUGGUUUUGGAACAGUGCCUUUGGAUUUCCGUAUACUUUCCAUUUUUAUCCAGUCUUUGUCGAAUCCCCUUCCAGUCUCUUAUUUAUACGAAGUUGCAGUGCGGUCUUGAUGACGUAUACGCAUUUAGAGACAUCAUCUUGACAGAUAUUCAAUACAUAGGAUAUCACCGAAAGUAACACACCUAUUUCUAACUGUUUGAUGUAUAUGAAUAUCUAUUCAUACUUACCAAUAUGAAGAAAAAACCCAAUUCGUACUUAAAAGACAGAUAACUUACUGCAUGCUGGAUGAAAGAAUGUCUGAUAGCAUUUCAGCCUUGUAGAUGAAAUAUCCAUAUACUAAGUACCUUUUAGUAUUUCAGUUUUAUAGAUGAAAUAUUCAUAUGCCUAACAUGUAUGUAUUUCAGCCUUAUAAAUGAAAUAUUCAUCAAAUUCCUUUUCAUUGGUAUUCUUCUUUCGUUAAUAUCAAUGUAAUUAAACUAGAUGUUUUCGAGAGUUCGAUUUUAAUUAUCUGACCGUGUGGAAACACAUUGUAUUGCGAUUGAGAUAUUUCUGCCCUGAAAAAACGUGCUAAAACUGUCAUGUGGAGGUCAAACGAGUAAAUAUUAAAGUUUUCAAACAAA